GGGUGCGCAGUGCCCCCAAGGGUGCUUGUGGGGCAGCCUGAAGCUGUGAGCAGCGGGACAAGGCACGAGCAGGGAGAGUCCCCUCCACACACCUCCUAAUUUUAGCAGCUGGGGGUGACAACAUCUCCCCCCACCCCAGGGGCUGGGGGCACUGGCAUCGGUGGGGACCGUGGUGGCCCCAGCGUGGGGACUGGUGCCAGGGCACUUCUGUCUGAAACGUGCAUGGAAACCCCGUGAGAUUUAAUCCCCUCCCAGAACGAGACCGGGGCGGGGGCAGCUGGCGGGGAGCGGUGCCAGGGCAGGCGGUGCGCUGGGCGGGGAUGCCGGUGCCCGUGCCAGGCCGGCGAGCGAUGGCGCCCGCCCCGGCGUGAGUCAGCCGGGGACACUGACGCAGCCCCGCCGUCACCAUGGAGGCCGCCUGUGCUCCCACCGCCUCCGGUCCUCCGGCUGCGGGCGGCUCCGGGGGGGAACACGCAGCCGCUGCCGCCGGUUCCCAGCUCGCCGUGCUGCUCCCCCGGUUUUCCGCAGGCCCGCACCGCCGCACGCCCGCACUGCCGACCGCGGUGACGUGCGGCGGCCCGGUGGGGAGGAGCCUCGCUGCCUUCGCUCCCCGCCAUCAAACUUUCCUCUUGCUCCUCGGUGCCGGCGCUGCUUGCACAUGGCACCCCGCGGCUGACCCCUCUGCGGGCCCACCCUGGGCAGGUGACGCCGACGCCGGGAGGAGCCGGGGACACCGCACGCACCGGCACGGCCGGCGUGGCAGCGGUGCCCAUGUGCCCGCGGUGCCCCGGCGGCGAUGAAGCAGCGAUGACGGCCGCCAGCGGGACCCUCCAGCCCCGCAGACCUGACCCGGGGUGGCAGCUGUCGGGGCCGCCCCUGCCGCUGGCCCUCACCGUGCUGGCCUGGCUGGGCACCGGCACUGCCCUGGCUGGCCUCAACAAAUGGAUUUUCGCUGCCCACGGCUUCCGCUACCCGCUGCUGCUGUCGUCCCUGCACAUGCUGGCGGCGGUGGCACUGGGGUACCCGCUGGGGUGGGCGCGGGGCCCACCGCCAUCCGUCCGUCCUCGUGCCAGGAUCUACCUGCUGAGCCUCACCUUCUGCGGCAGCGUGGCCCUGGGCAACCUGGGGCUGAGCCUGGUGCCGCUGGACGCGGCGCAGGCCGUGCACGCCACCGCCCCGCUUGCCACCCUGCUGCUGUCAGCGCUGCUGCGGGGCCGCCGGCACCACCCGCUACAGUACGCGGCCAUGGGGCCCGUCUGCGCCGGGGCCGCCUGCAGCAUCGCCGGUGGCGUCCACUUCCACCAGCCCGGCGGCUGCGUCCUCCUCGCCGCCACCGUCCUGCGCGCCCUCAAGUCGCUGCAGCAGAGCCUGCUGCUGCAGGAGGACCGGCUGGACGCUGUCUCCCUGCUCUGCCUCACCGCCCUGCCCAGCUUCUGGCUCCUGUUUGGGGCGGCCAUGGCGCUGGAGGUGGCCCCGGCCUGGGAGGGCGUCCUGCGCUACGACGGCUCCCUCUGGGGCUGCAUCCUGCUCAGCUGCCUCGGCUCCGUCCUCUACAACCUGGCCAGCUUCUGCGUCCUCUCCCUCACCUCCGCCCUCACCAUCCACCUCCUGGGCAACCUCACCGUGGUGGGCAACCUCCUGCUCUCCCGCCUGCUCUUCGGCAGCCACCUGAGCGGGCUCAGCUACCUGGGCAUCGGGCUGACGCUGGCCGGGAUGUUCAUGUACCACCAGCCGCAGCUCGUCGCGAGGCGCUGGGCAGCGUGGCCGGGCCGCGGCCCCCCCAGGCGCGAGUAGGGAUGGGGCAGCCACGGGGAUGGUGGGACGGCGGCGAGCACCGGGCACUGCCCUGUGCCUGUGUGCCGGUGGGCACGGCACUGCCUGCACACGUAUGUGCUGGUGUGCGUGGCCCCGCGUGCACGUG